CGACAAGAUAGGUAUACUGCGUGCUGAGCGACGAAAAGUUACAGUAUCCAAUGGAAUUUACUGUAUAUGAAGAAGCCCAUCCCUGUAAAUCGGUACGGUAAAGCAGCACAAACCCCUUUGCGUCGACCAAUUUUCUCCACCCACAUCAGAUCUCCAGCCGUUACCGACUUGCAGAUAGACCGGCGGUCGGGUCUUUCUUUUUUGGAAAACAUCGGCCUCUGCAAUUGAGAUUUAGCUAUUCUUGCUUCCAUCAUCUUUUACUGAGAGGCUUUACUGUCUAUUCCCUACAUUGACUCACGAGCAGUCAUUCAGUCUUGCUUCCUCUUGAUUCAGACGGACGCAGAUUGAUCUCUUAUCAUACCUCAAUCUAAACCCCACCCCACGCAAUGAGGCGGAACUAAAUCGGAGUCACUCAAUUACAGUACAAAGUCGCAAGACUGUAAUACACGAACAGCUUUCGCAUACGUACCUACCUGUCCAGGUACACGCCUCUCCUGGUAAAUAAGUCGAUUGAUAACGUACUGUUCGGUCGCGUCUCUUGCAGCCAAUACAACAUUGGCGCACAACCCACUCUAUAACUCAAAUCAGACGAGUCAUCAUGGCGGGCCAACCCAGCAUUCCGUCUGCCAUCGGCGCCAAGAAGGCUCUUGGCCUGGUGGAUGUUGACGGUCAUGACCUGCCGCCAUCGCCGGCACCUUCUAGCCCUUCCAACGGCCGCCGCCGUUACGCCCUGGCAACCGAGCUGGUAUACACAGAAACCAAGGACCAAUAUGGCGCCUCCAGCAUUCCCAUCUACCAAUCCGCCACCUUCAAGCAAUCUUCAGCAGCCGGCGGCAACAGCGAGUAUGACUACACACGCUCAGGAAACCCGACGAGGACGCACCUGGAGCGUCACAUGGCUAAGAUCAUGAACGCAAACCGCGCCCUGGCUGUUGGCUCUGGCAUGGGCGCCUUGGAUGUCAUCACACGUCUGCUCCGUCCUGGCGAUGAGGUCAUCACGGGAGACGACCUGUACGGCGGUACCAACCGUCUGCUCACCUACCUCUCGGCGAACCAGGGCAUUAUCGUCCACCACAUUGACACCACCGACAUCGACCGUGUUGCUGCCACAGUCUCGGACAAGACUGCCAUGGUCCUUCUCGAGACCCCGACGAACCCGCUUAUCAAAAUUGUCGAUGUUGCCACCAUCGCCCGCGCUGCCCACGACCGCAACUCUAAAGCCCUGGUCGUCGUUGACAACACCAUGCUUUCCCCCAUGCUUUGCAACCCCCUGGAUCUUGGCGCCGAUAUUGUGUACGAGUCCGGAACCAAAUAUCUCUCUGGACACCACGACAUUAUGUCGGGUAUUGUUGCCUGCAACGAUGCCGCUCUGGCCGACCGCAUGUACUUCACCGUCAAUGCCACUGGCUGUGGUCUCUCGCCAAACGACUCCUUCCUACUCAUGCGCGGCAUCAAGACGUUGGCUGUGCGCAUGGAAAAGCAGCAGGCCAACGCCCAACGCAUAGCCGAGUUUCUCGAGUCUCACGGCUUCCGCGUCCGCUACCCUGGUCUGAAGUCGCACCCGCAAUACGAUUUGCACUGGUCGAUGGCCCGGGGCGCCGGUGCCGUCCUGUCCUUUGAGACGGGCGAUGCGGAACUGUCUCAACGCAUCGUCGAGGCCGCACGCCUCUGGGCCAUCAGCGUCAGCUUUGGCUGUGUCAACAGUCUGAUCAGCAUGCCCUGCCAGAUGAGCCACGCCAGUAUUGAUGCCAAGACGCGCAAGGAAAGACAGAUGCCAGAGGAUAUUAUCCGACUUUGCGUCGGAAUUGAGGAUGUUCAGGAUUUGAUAGACGAUCUUUCCAGAGCCCUUGUAACUGCCGGUGCCGUCUCCAUAACUGUUGACGGAUUCCAUGCCACAGGAACUGCCCUGGAGCUCGGCCAGACACCGCUGACGACGACGAAAAACGACAGCCCCGCACAAUAAUGAUACCCCACGAAUAGACGCAAAAGGAUGUACGGUGUAUCCAUUGACGAGGCAUUAUGAACAUAUCUGUGUUUGAAGGAGUGGCGCCGCGUCGAAGCAACUGUACUGGUAAUUUCUUCUUUCUUUCUCCCACAUCUAUCAUUUUAACGUCCUUUUCUGCCUCAUUAUGGCGUCUUUUUGGUUGUUGGGCCCUGGAAUGAUGUUUUUGGUGUUGGGUUGUAUAUGCCUUAAAGAAGUGGAAGCGGCUGCACGAAAAAAAAAGAAAAAAGAAAAGGUUUCAUGGCAAAAGUAUUCAUAUGGUCAAUAUACCUCCUGGAAAAGGUCAAACGUGUUCCACUGGUGUCAAACUGUGAAAGGCAAUUUUUCAUUUGCUAAUGUGUUAUUGACAUUGCUAUGUUGGGAAAUCAUACACGUCGUUGAGAUGUAUUCAAAUCAUGGCAUAAAAACAGUCAAAUCAUACAGAACAUCAUGGUCAACCCGACUCAUACAGACAAAGCAUUCCAUGGCAAAAUAAAACCGUCCUCCCCCAAUCAUAUCGCUGCCACCAAAACUAGAAGUUGCCUCACCAAAAAGACAUCACUGCCACCGAG